AUGACCCCACCCUGUUAAAGCUACUUUGCUAACAAAAUGGCAGCGUUCUUACAGUGGAGAAAAUUUGUCUUCUUUGAUAAAGAUACGGUGAAGGACCCUGUGGAUAAUGGGAAAAAUUUUGUUCUGCCGAGCGGAAUAUCGGCUUGUGACUCCGGCCGAGGUCAUAUUGUUCUGGGAGAUAUGGAAGGCAAAGUCUGGCUUUUGACACGCUCCCUACAGUUCACAUUCUUUCAGGCCUACAAGUUGCGGGUAACACACCUCUACCAGCUGAAGCAGCACAGCAUCCUUGUAUCAGUGGGGCAGGAUGAACAGGGAAUAAACCCUCUAGUAAAGGUCUGGAACCUUGACAAGAGAGACAGUGGAAAUCCUCUCUGCACUAGGAUUUUUCCCGCAAUUCCUGGCAACAAACCAACUGAAGUGUCUUGCCUCGGUGUACAUGAGAACCUCAACUUCAUGGCCAUUGGCUUCACAGAUGGCAGUGUAGUUUUGACCAAAGGUGACAUCACCAGAGAUCGUCACAGUAAAACUCUGACUCUGCACGAGGGAACCAGCCCAGUCACAGGCCUCGCUUUCCGCCAAGUGGCAAAAGUCACAAAUCUGUUUGUUGCCACUCUGGAAAAAGUCCAUUGCUACACCCUAUCCAUCAAAGAAUACCCUAAGGUAGAGCUGGAUACACACGGCUGUGCAUUGCACUGCUCCUCCCUGGCAGAUCCCUCCCAGGAUUCCCAGUUCAUUGUGGCUGGGGAUGAAUGCGUGUACCUGUAUCAGCCUGAUGAACGAGGGCCAUGCUUUGCCUUCGAUGGACACAAGCUGUUGGCCCACUGGCACCGCGGAUAUCUGUUUCUACUUAUCAGGGAUGCAAAGUCACCCAACAAGACAGAGUUUGGUAGCAGGGAAAGUUCUUCAUCAGACAAACAGCUUCUGACCAUCUAUGACCUGGACAACAAGUUCAUCGCCUACAGUGCCUCUUUUGAUGAUGUCAUCGAUGUGGUGGCGGAGUGGGGCUCCUUCUACAUCUUGACCAGAGAUGGAAAAAUGUUUAUUCUUCAGGAGAAAGACACGCAGACCAAACUGGAGAUGCUGUUUAAAAAGAACCUGUUUGUGAUGGCAAUAAACUUGGCCAAGAGCCAGCAUCUGGACAGUGAUGGACUGUCAGAGAUCUUCAGACAAUACGGCGAUCACCUUUACCUUAAGGGAGACCAUGACGGUGCCAUCCAGCAGUACAUUCGUACCAUUGGGAAACUGGAGCCAUCGUAUGUCAUCAGGAAGUUCCUGGAUGCACAGAGGAUCCACAACCUGACAGCAUAUCUACAAGCCCUCCACAGGCAGUCACUGGCUAACGCAGACCACACCACACUGCUGCUAAACUGUUACACCAAGCUGAAGGACAGCUCCAAGUUGGAGGAGUUUAUUAAGAGCAGUGAAAGUGAGGUCCACUUUGAUGUUGAGAUCGCCAUCAAGGUUCUGCGGCAGGCCAGCUACCACAGCCACGCUGUUUUCUUGGCUGAAAAACACAUGCACCAUGAAUGGUACCUGAAGAUCCAGCUGGAAGACCUCAAGAAUUAUCAGGAAGGCCUGCGUUACAUUGGACGUCUGCCUUUCGAACAAGCUGAGAGCAACAUGAAGCGUUACGGCAAGACACUGAUGCACCAUGUUCCUGACGGUACCACACUGCUCCUGAAGGGCUUAUGUACCAACUACCAACCCAGCGGAGACACCGCUGAAAAAGAUAUCCUGGACAGGGGUUAUGUCAACAAGGCCAACUCUGAGGAAUUUAUCCCAAUUUUUGCCAACAACCCUCGGGAGCUGAAAGCCUUCCUGGAGCACAUGAUCGAGGUGGACCCCCGUUCUCCCCAGGGUGUGUAUGACACACUACUGGAGCUCCGGCUGCAAGACUGGGCUCACGAACAGGACCCAGAGAGAAAAAAGGUCCUGCAGGGGGAAGCUGUGUCGCUGUUGAGGAGUGACCACACUGUGUUUGAUAAGGCUUUGGUCCUCUGCCAGAUGCACAACUUCAAAGAAGGCGUCCUCUACCUUUAUGAGAAGGGCAAACUGUACCAGCAGAUAAUGCACUACCACAUGCAGAAUGAGGAGUACGGAAAAGUGGUAGAAGCCUGCAAGCGCUAUGGGGACCAAGAGGGUUGCCUUUGGGAGCAGGCGCUGGGAUACUUUGCCAGAAAAGAAGAGGACUGCAAGGCGUACAUCAGUGAGGUCCUACAUCACAUUGACCAAAACAACCUGAUGCCUCCACUACUUGUGGUGCAGACACUGGCACACAACUCGACAGCCACUCUCUCCGUCAUCAAGGACUACCUCAUCAACAAGCUGCAGAGGGAGAGUCAGCAGAUAGAGGACGAUGAACGCAAAAUACGCCAGUACCGUGAAGAAACUGCUCACCUCCGCUCCGAGAUCCAGGAGCUCAAAACGAGUGCCAAGAUAUUCCAGAAGACCAAAUGUAACAUGUGCAACAGCCCUUUGGAGCUGCCGUCUGUUCAUUUCCUGUGCAGCCACUCCUUCCACCAACACUGCUUCGAAAGCUACGCCGAGAGUGAGGCUGAGUGCCCAACUUGCACUCCAGAGAACCGCAAAGUCAUGGACAUGCUGCGUGCUCAGGACCAGAAACGCGACCUGCAUGACCACUUCAACAGACAGUUACGCAGCUGUAAUGAUGGUUUCUCUGUCGUGGCUGACUAUUUUGGUCGAGGGGUGUUUAACAAACUGACUCUGGUCACCGACCCUCCUGGCAGCAAAACUGUUGGAAGUCUGGAAGUAAAUCUGCAAAGAGACCUUCUCAUCCACACCAAGAGAAACUGCUAGAAACCAGCUUUGUAUCGCUUCACAUCAGUGCAGGCUCUCGACGACAUGCUUUGCUGCCGCUUUAUUUAGCAGCAAAUGCUGCUGCUUGCUUUUAGUACCUGUGAUGGACCUAUGUGCAUAAUUGUGUUCCGAGUUAUUAUUCACUGGGGACCUUUAUAAAUGUACUUCAUGCAGUGUAAAACAUGUAAUACUGUAAACUUUGCUGAAUCAUACCUUGGAUAAUUUGCUUGUAUUCCUUAUGUAAUCUUGCACAUAUAGAUAAUAGUUCAACUGUCUGUCAUUAAUGAAAUUAUUUAAUGUCUGUUACUUAAAUUUGAGGAUUAAAAUUGUGAAUAAAGUGA